AUGUCGUUGGACCAUCAAGCAUCGUAUUGCAUCAUUAUCAUGGACAGGACAGGACAAGAACAAGACGAGAUAAGUUCUGUCGACAAAUUCUGUGAUAUGAUGCUAAUGCCUUGUAUAUAUGUCAUUGGUCAAGACAUGCUAUGCGGUAACCAUCAGGUCAUGGAGCUGUACCGUAACAUCAUCAAACAUGUCAUGACAGAAUCACUAUUUGGUGUUAUUGAAUGUGACAUUACCGUGCCGAAUCAACUCUGGAAUGUCUUUGCCGAGAUGCCACCAAUAUUCAACAAUGUGGGACUUGUGUUCAACGAUAUAUGCGCUGAACCACAAGAUCGGGUAAACCCAAACUACAAGUGUAACAAACUAAUUGACAGUUUCUUUGGAAAUAAAGUGUUAUUCCAUACAGAGUUGCUAAAAUGUGUAGCUUGUACUGUAAAAUACGAGUAUAACACACUGUUCAAUGCAUUCAUGAAUCGUGUUUCGAAUGACAUGCGAGUUGGAGAUACCAAACUUCCAUAUGAAAGUUUUAAGCUCACCUAUGCCAGCAAACUCAUACUUGCACCAAUGGUACGAGUAAGCACUCUUCCACUUCGUCUAUUAGCACUCAAGUAUGGAGCAGAUAUUGUUUACAGUCCAGAGAUUGUGGAUAGAAGAUUGAUGCGAUCGCAACGAAUUCAAAAUGAUAAAUUUGGCACAAUCGAUUAUGUGGAUGAUAGUGGAUCACUCAAUCUGAGAAUCCAUCCUAAUGAACGGGGUAGGCUUGUUGUUCAACUUGGUUCUUCAAACCCAGUGUUUGCUGUUCUAGCUGCUCAAAAAGUGGCAGGUGAUGUAGACGGUAUCGACUUGAACUGCGGAUGUCCAAAAAAGUUUUCGGUUUCUGGUGGUAUGGGAUCAGCAUUACUAGAGAAUCCAGACACGCUCGAGGCUAUUUUGACAGCACUGGUCUCGAGUGUAUCUAUUCCAGUCACAUGCAAAAUUAGACUAUUGGAUCCGAGAGAGGGGAAAACAUCAAUUGAACGAACGAUUGAACUGAUGCAGCGUUUAGAAAAAACCGGGAUUUCAGCGAUUGCUGUACACUGCCGGUUUAUUCAUGAACGACCCCGCCAGCCUGCUCAUUGGGAUGUAUUUGAGCAAAUUUCAAACUGCAUAUCCAUUCCUGUUAUUGCAAAUGGCGAUCUAUGGACCAUGGAAGACAUACAUAAAUUUAGAGCAACAAGCGGAUCAGCCGUGUCAUCAUUCAUGAUUGCCAGAGGGGCGCAAGAUAAUGUAUCAGUGUUUUGUAAGGAGGGACUGGCACCUAUAUGGAGCGUACUAAAGGAAUAUUUGCAAAUUGCUCAAGAAUGCGGUGCAAACUACUACAGCAUUAAAUAUGUAUUGCUACAGAUGUGGAGUGGCCAAGAUGGGAUCGAGUUUAGACAACGGCUAGUUCGGUGCAAGACAAUCGAAGCAAUAAGUGAUCUAUUCAAGGAACUAGAUCAUUGUCAGGGAUUACUCGCUCGAUCAAAUACUCAACCUCCAGUGGCAUAGUGUCGCAAUUAGCUUAUACCUAUUUUUGGAAUCAUAUCAAUACAAUUUUUAAUAUUGUACAUUAAUCUAUACUGUUCUGUUGCAUAUCAAUGAGUCACAUAUAAAUGGUGCUACGGUUAGUACUAGAAGAACUGGACUAUUCUAAACUGUUGAACCUAUUCUGUUUAGACGAAUGUAUUAUCCCUUGACAAGUCUUAUUACUCAUGAUGAUG